AUGGAAGUACAAUUUACGCAACUUAUGUCGUCACUCGCCGAGACACUACGUACGGUGCAGAACCAACAAGCGCAGAUGCAAACCAUGUUUAUGCAGCAACAGCAAACUACAAGUAAUAACACAGUAAGUGGUAUUGUUUUACAACCUUAUGACGAACUCCACGAAUCUUUUGGAUCAUACAUACAAAGAUUGAACAAUUAUAUUAAUCUUAAAGGGGUUACAAGCCCUGUUACAAAGUUGCAAAUCUUCUUAAAUUGUAUUGGUGCUAAAUAUUACCAAGUCCUCAAAAAUAUUAAUGCUCCAGAUACACUGGAAAAUAAAACAUAUGAACAACUUGUUGAGAUAUUAAAGAACCAUAUUGCGCCAGAACCAGGAGAAGUUGCUCAGCAACACAAAUUCUGUUUAAGGAUUCAAAAUGAAAAUGAAUCUAUCGCUAACUACGUAGCGGGACUAAAGGAAAUAGGAGGAAAAUGCAAUUUUAUCUGCAAUUCAUGUAAAUCUACAACAUUUGAUACACAUUUACGUGUACAAUUCAUACGAGGUCUUCGCAGUUCCGAAAUUAAAGAAAGGUUAUUACAAGAAUCAUCACAAACAUCAUUUGAUGAAAUAAUGAGGAUUGCAAUGGCAAUCGAAACAUCCAAAAGUAAGAAAGGCAGCUGUUAUAGAUGUGGAAAAUCAAACCACAAGGCAAAUAAAUGUUAUUUGAAGAAUAAAUUAUAUUGUAAAAAGUGCAACCGAAAAGGACACAUCCAAUCAGUUUGCUUUAAGUCACAAAAACAAAUUACAACAAUUGAAGAUGAAGAAUAUUCAAGUCAAGAUGAAAUUUAUGAAAUACAUAAAAUAGAAAACAGCGAAAAGGAUGAAAAGUUUAAAAUUACAUUACAAUUACAUAGCAAAGAGAGACAUACAUGGGAAUUGGACACAGGAGCCGCAGUCACCACCUGUUCUACAGAAUAUUAUAAUAAAUAUUUCAGUGAUUUAAAACUUGUUAAUUCAAAAAUAAAAUUGAGAACUUAUACUGGUGAAAUUAUAAACCCAAUAGGAAUUUGUAACAUAAAAAUACAAUACAAAAAUAAGAAAAUUACAGGAAGAUUAUUUGUUCUUAAUAGGAAAGUCGACCCAGUAGUGGGAAGAGAAUGGUUAAGAAAAUUAGGAGUACGUUUGGAAAUAAAUAAAAUAGAGAUAGGGGAAAAUGAUAUAACUGAAGAACAAUACAAGAAAAAUUUAGAAAAAUUAAUAGAUCAAUAUAGAGAGAUAUUUUCAGAAGAAAUUGGAGAAAUAAGGAACUACACAGUGAAAUUCAGCUUAAAAGAAAAUGUUACACCAAUUUUCAUCAAGGCAAGACCAGUACCGUUUGCACUAAAAGAAAAAGUUGAAAACGAAAUUGAUCGAUUAGAGAAGGCUGGGAUAUUAGAGAAAGUUACAUAUUCACAAUGGGGAACGCCUGUAGUACCAGUCGUGAAGCAGAAUGGCAGUGUACGGUUGUGUGCUGAUUACAGAGCCACAUUAAAUAAAAAUUUACUUGAUGAUAAGUACCCAAUCCCAAGAGUGGAAGAAGUUUUCUCCAAACUAAGUGGUGGUAGAUAUUUCUGUACCUUGGAUAUAAAUCAGGCAUAUUUACACAUGAAAACUGACCCAGCCACAGCUGAAAUGCAAGCCAUCAGUACAUGCAAAGGUACAUUUAAAGUCAAUAGACUAAUGUUUGGUGUCAAAGUCGCUCCAAAUCAAUGGCAAAGAUACAUGGAUCAGACCCUCCAGGGACUACCAGGUACAGCCUGUUUCUUCGAUGAUAUAGCUAUUCAAGGACAGACAUACAUAGAAUUAUUAAAAAGAAUACAAACUAUCUUUCAAAAGUUAAAAGAGUGUGGACUACAUUUAAAUAAAAAUAAAUGCCAAUUCUUGAAGAAAUCUAUUACAUACUUGGGACAUAAAAUAAAUGAGAACGGCUUGCAUCCUACUGAAGAAAAAGUAAAUGAUAUUAAGAAUAGUCCACGUCCCACUGAUGUAUCUACAUUAAGAACAUUUCUGGGAAUGGUUAAUUAUUACCAACAAUUCAUUCCUAAUCUAGCUUCAAAACUAAAUCCUCUAUAUACACUUCUACAGAAAAAUAUAAAAUUUAUAUGGUCAAAAGAAUGUGAAACUUCAUUUCAAGAAUUAAAGAAGGAAAUAUGUAGCGAAAAGGUACUUACACCCUUUCAUACACACUUACCAAUUACAUUAGCUACUGAUGCAUCACCUGUUGGAUUUGGUGCAGUGUUGUCACACAUUAUGCCAGAUAAUAAGGAGAGACCGAUAGCAUUUGCAUCGAGAUCACUUACCAGUGCAGAAAAAGGCUACAGCCAGCUGGAUAAAGAGGCAGCAGCAUUGAUAUGGGGUUUGAAAAAGUUCUUUCAUUAUUGCUAUGGACGCAAGAUUACAUUAAUAAUUGACAAUCAACCACUAGCAAGAAUACUUCAUCCGGAAAAGCCUAUGCCUACAACUACCGCUGUAAGACUAUUACACUAUGCAAAUUUUCUUGCUGGAUUUGACUACAAUAUAAAAGUACGGAAGUCUACGGAACAUGCAAAUGCAGAUUAUUUCUCAAGGUUAGAACACCCUACAGUAAAAUAUAACCAACUAACAGAUGAUGAUGUAUUCUACUUGAAUCAACUUACAGUACUACCAGUUACAUUCCAGAAAAUUAAAGAAGCUACAGCUAAAGAUUUAGAAUUACAGAAAUUAUAUCAGGAUAUUCAAUCAGGUACAAAUUAUACAAAAGGACUACAUGAAUUUUCUAUACAAAGUAACUGCAUUUUCUAUGGAAUAAGAAUAGUCAUUCCAAAACAAUUACAACCUGCAAUUCUACAAGAAUUACAUACAGCUCAUACUGGUAUUGUAAAAAUGAAGGCACUAGCAAGAAGCUAUGUCUGGUGGAAAAAUAUAGAUGCAGAUAUAGAAAGAAUGGUAAAUGAAUGUAAACCAUGUUGUUUAUUACAGAAAAAUCCUACAAAAAUACCUAUACACAGUUGGGAAUACCCAAAAGAACCAUGGAGUAGAAUUCACAUUGAUUAUGCAGGACCAUUUUUUGAUCAAUAUUUUCUGAUUGUUGUGGACGCAUACACCAAAUGGCUAGAAGUAAUACCUACUACAUCCAUAACAACUACAACUACUAUUAAAAUAUUAAAAAACUUAUUUACUACAUUUGGACUACCUAUAACUAUAGUAUCAGAUAAUGGAAGACAGUUCCGUUCAGAAGAAAUGAUGACAUUUCUGAAAGAAAAUGGAAUUCAGUCCAAGUUUACAGCACCGUUUCAUCCAUCUACAAAUGGACAGGCUGAAAGAUAUGUACAAACUUUUAAAAAUAAAAUUAAAAGCAUGAUCCAUGAGAAAGGCACAUUAAUGGAAAAGUUAUCAAGAUUUUUAAUGAUGUACAGAAAAACUCCUAAUAAUACUACAGGAUUAAGUCCAGCGGAAAUGAUGUUUAAAAGGUUCUAUUACAGAGAAUGUGACACAGCCACAGCUCGCACCAGUAGCUACGCCGGCAUCUCCGAGUGGUGUCGAGCAACCAGUUGUGCUUCGCCGAAGUACGAGAAUCAGAAAACCUACAAACAGAUUGAACCUUUAAGUUACAACGUGGGGGAGUGUUACGUACGCUCGGAACGCACCUCAACACGAAAUGUCAAAAUGUUCUGCGUCCCCUUUGAUCUCGCCGGCGCUGAGCCGAGCGGCGGCAUCAAAGGAAUCGCUCCACCAAUUACCGACCCAAUCGCUGUGUACUUAGUGUACAGAAAUGCUGAUUAA